AUGUCUACUUUGAACGUAUUGAGAUACACUGCUCUGGGCCUGGGCGUUGUUGCCGGGGUUAAGAACGACUGGUCCCUACAGAGUGAGGCGAAACACAAGCAAAAAUCCGAAGAGCAAGCCAAGCAGUUGAAGCUGGUGGAGGAGGCCAAGACGGAGUACGCUAAGCUACAUUCCAAGGGCAGCGCGGUGGCCAGCACGGCGCAAUUCGACCUCGAGGACCCCAACAUGGACUUUGGGGCAGCCAUCGAGGGCGCUGUGGCGGCGCUGCAGUGA